UUAACUUUAUCUAAAUAUAUACAGUUUUAUAUAUACAACUUAUGCUAGAAUGGAUUUUAAUAAUGACUUAUCGCCUAUUGAUAUUUUGACAUUUAUCACAGAUGAACUGCUGCAAGCAUACAAAAGCAGUAGUGGAGAAAAUGAAAAGGCUAGGACAAUUGUCAAGUUUCUUGAGCGAUGGAAUGACGAUAUCUCCAUUGCGAAACUCAAGGGUCUCACUGUUGAAUUUGAAUCAGAUUUAGAGUGGUUCAAUGUAAGUUGUCCCUUAUCGAUAACAGGAUUGCAAGGAAAAGUUAUCAUAUUAGACUUUUUCACAUAUUGCUGCAUUAAUUGUAUGCAUGUAUUGCAAGAGUUGCACUUAUUGGAAGAACGCUUUCCAAUAGAAAGUGGUGUUGUAGUAAUUGGUGUUCACAGUCCUAAGUUUGAAAAUGAACGCAAUGCGGCAAACAUUAUGUCCGCUGUACAACGAUAUGGAAUAUCACAUCCGAUUGUUAAUGAUUCACGAUCUGGAAUGUGGCGCGCUAUUGGCAUUCGUUGCUGGCCUUCUCUGUUGAUUCUAAGCCCGUCUGGUGUUCCCAUGAUGUUAUUAAUGGGCGAAGGGCAUGGAAAAUUCCUACAGGAUUUUUUUUCUUCUGCCCUAUCGUUUUUUAGCCGUCAGGGUAUAAUUGACCAUAGGGGUUUACCUAUAAAAUUAUUUCGUGAUUUUCAACCAGCAUCUAACUUGCGUUUUCCCGCAAAGAUCGUUCGAAGCCCUAAUGGCCAGUAUGCUAUUGCUGAUACGGGGAACAACAGGGUGCUUGUGCUUACAGCAGGCGGUGUGGUACAGCACAGAAUUGGAGGACACCAGCCUGGUUUCGUGGAUGGAAACCUUACAGUAGCACGGUUUAAUAAUCCUCAAGGCAUUGCAUUUCUUAAUGAAAACGUUUUGAUUGUAGCUGACACUAAAAACCACGCCGUUCGUCAGAUCUCUCUAACAAAUGCAAUAGUGGAAACUCUUGCCGGCACAGGAAUUCAGGGAAAUGAACGAAUAGGUGGACGUCUAGGUCCAUUGCAGCCACUGUCGUCACCGUGGGAUGUUGCCAUAUUUCGAACGAGGGACAUGGAUAUGUCCUUUCAUCUUGAUGAACGUAACAUACCAGAAAAAACAAUUAUCCUUAUUUCCAUGGCAGGCACCCACCAGAUUUGGGGCUAUUUUCCCGAAGGAAUUAUUUGGUGGAAAUUUCGUAAAUUUGAGCCUUGCUGCUGUGUCUCACUAAUAGGAAACGGUUUGGAAGAAAACCGUAAUAAUUCUUACCCACAGAACGCUGCAUUCGCACAGCCAUCUGGACUGGCUAUAGCGGGAGACGUUUUAUAUAUAGCUGACAGCGAAAGCUCUAGCAUACGCAAAGCUUCUAUGAUAGAUGGAAAGGUGAUGCCCGUCGUCGGAGGAGAUCGAAACCCUCUUAAUUUAUUUGCAUUUGGCGACAUUGACGGUAGACUAUUCAGCGCGAAACUCCAACAUCCGUUAGGAGUGACUUUCAAUGAUGCCAAUAACAGACUCUAUGUUGCUGAUACCUACAAUCAUAAAAUCAAAAUUAUUGACAUCGAUUCAAAUGAUAUAUCUACUCUACAAAUUAAGAGCCAAGAAAAUACUAACCUGAUUUUAAACGAGCCCGCCGGACUGUGCUUGGAUGCCAGCGGAAAAAAAUUGUUGGUAGCUGAUACCAAUAACCAUUUAAUACAUAUUAUAGAUUUGGUAACGCUUAUAGCACAACCGUUUGGUUUAGAUUUCAGACAAAUAGCGUCCGCUAGUGAAAUUGAUGCGCCACAAGAUAUACAAAAGGCUACAGAAAAUAAUAUAAUUAAAACAUUGCCUCUUGAUUUAAUUAAACCAAGUAAAAUUUUUUUUAAUCUUCGACUUUCGCCCAUAUUUAACUUUACGAAGGAAGCUCCUCAAAAAUGGAUACUGAAAACUGUAUGUCAAUCUGUAAUAGUAAAUCCAUCGUCUGGAACUCUACUUGAUGGGAUGUGCCACAUGCAGGUGCAGGCUACUAGGCCUGAUUUUAUGUGUGAAAGCAGUCAAAUAUUUACCAUCGAAUUCGUAUUAAAUUUAUGCCUCUCAAAUUGUUGCCUAGUAAAAAAAAUUACAGUUUCUAUAAAAUGCGAUGACAUGCCAGAAGAAUAUAUAUCCAUCCAUAACGUAAAUAUUGACAUUGAACAAUAAAACAUGUUUUAAUAGAAAAGUUUUGCAUAUAUCAAUGAUAAUGUUUUGGUAUGUACAUUUAUAUCCUUUACUCUCAGUGUUCGGAUAGUUGUUUUAAAUAAUUUAUUACCGUAGAGUAAUAAGUUAUAUUGGUUUCGUUUCAAAAAGUACCUAGUCGACAUAAGUAUUUUGACAAAAUAAACACUAAACAUUUUGUCGGUGAAUCUAUUAAAUGACUUGAUAUGACUAUUUUUUUUUUUAAGUAAGAACUAUAAACUUAAGAAUUAACAAACGAAUAUUUAUUCAUUGAAACUUAAAAGGAUAUAAGAAAUUUAACAAAAUAUAAUGAUUUUUUGUAUCGGCAUAAGUAUUUUGAGAAUCCUUAAUACCAAAUAAAAGGUUAAAUGUUGCUUAGUA